AUGGCAUCGGCCAACAGAAGACCCCUCACAUACCACGUUGUUCCCCGGUUCGACAUUGCUGCCGACGGCGGUCCUCUGGCACUCGGAACGGUGGUCUCUGAUUUAGCUACUCUUAGGCCUCUCAACCACGGACGGCAUCACGUCGAGGUUCCGGACGAGCUUCUCUACGCCCCAGUGACGCAAACAAACUUCAAGGAUACCCUAGCCAAGGUGCGCGAGCUCAACGUGCGGGCUUGGGCCGAGGCCUUGAGGCUUCCAUACACUGCUUCCGCCAGCAUUGGCCUCUCCAAGGGCGUUGAGGACAGCGUGAGCUGCGAGGCAGUAGUGACUACCUACUUCGACCCAGACCUGGCCGGUGACUACGUCAAGACAUGUUUUGCGGUGAGACCGAUACAGGACGUACUCGACGCCGCCCGAGGGCACAAAGCCGACUUCUUCAUUGUCACUGGCCUCAAAGUCGCAAAAAGGCUCAAGUUCAAUGAUACUAGCUAUCAAAGACGCGGUGUCCAAGGCGAGGUUUCCGGCGAGGAUCCGCAGGUAAGCUCCGCCAGGGGAGGCGUAGAGUGCAAAAUCUCGGGUGAGAAGAAACAGCGUCUUGCGUUUGAGGCCGACGACAUCGUGAUUGGUUUUCGGGUACACAAAUACCACUGUGUACGAAAUAGGCACACGAAAGACUUGAGCCAUAGAGAUGAGGGGCUCCUUACUGGUGACCUGCAGGGAGACGGGGGUUCUGGGGGCAGGCAGGGCAUAGAUCCGGUGGACGAGUUGUUGAUCCGAGAAGACGAUGAAUUCGGGAGGCAAGCUGGUCAUGAUGGAGACGAUGAGGUUUGGGAUUGUGCAGCUAUAUAG